UCAAGCAAAUAAAAUCUGCUCUAUUUCUCUUUAUUUUCCUUUUCUUUUCUCCUCCUCCUCCUCCACUUCUUCCUCUUCCAUUUCUUUUCUUCUUCUAGUCCCCUGCUCUCCAAAAUCGCAACACAUAAUAAUAAUAAUAAUAAUAAUAAAUAAAUACAAAUAUUUUCUUGCUCCCCUUUGAGUGAGCUGUAUCUGCUACAACAGUCCACUGCCCUUCCUCCCUGCCUUGCCGCGGUGUGGGCUCCACCGACACCGAUUCGACUUCGCCGGAGCUGGAUCCUUAGCUGGCGCUGCUAGCUGCUAUAUAUCUUCAAUCUGUUAUACUCACACAAGUGGAAAUAGGUAUGCGGAUGGAGUCUCCAGAUUUCGACGAAGAAGAGGAGAUUCCGUUGAAGGAGGAAACUUCCUUUUCCUCUUCUUCGUCUUCGCCGACGAAAGGAAGACUAACUCAUCACAGUCACAGUCAUGGUAAUCAUCACAAUCACAGUAAUCGCAACAAUCAUGCUUUCAGUUUCGAGACCACCACGGCGGCCGUGCUCUCUCCAGAUUUACCCAAAUCUUCUGUAUUCAGGCUUUUGCGGAUCACACGAAUCAGGAGUCUUUAUGUAGUCUUAAUCAAAGCCAAGAUCAACCUACUCCUCCCCUUUGGUCCACUCGCCAUUGCCCUCCAUUACCUCACCGGAAAACAUGGAUGGGUGUUCUUCUUCAGCUUGUUGGGUAUUGCUCCUUUGGCAGAACGUUUGGGUUAUGUUACUGAGCAACUUGCAUUCUACACGGGACCAACAGUUGGGGGUCUGCUCAAUGCCACAUUUGGCAAUGCAACUGAAAUGAUUAUAUCCAUCUUUGCAUUGAAAAACGACAUGAUUAGGGUUGUUCAACAAUCGUUACUCGGCUCAAUCUUGUCGAAUAUGCUCCUAGUUCUUGGAUGUGCAUUCUUUACCGGUGGGAUUGUCCACUACAAAAAGGUGCAGGUUUUCAAUAAGGCCGCUGCUGUUGUCAAUUCCGGGUUGCUGUUGAUGGCUGUGAUGGGCAUACUUUUCCCGGCGGUGCUUCACUUUACUCAUUCGGAGGUUCACCUUGGGAAGUCGGUGUUAUCUCUAUCAAGAUUUAGCAGCUGUGUAAUGCUAGUUGCGUAUGCGAGCUACCUUUUUUUUCAACUUAAGAGCCAGCCCAAUCUUUAUAGUCCUGUGGAUGAGGAAGGAGUUAGUGGUGAAAAUUCAGAUGAGGAGGAAGAACUUGAAUUAACUCAAGCGGAAGCAAUAGUCUGGCUUGCUAUCUUGACGGCAUGGGUAUCUUUAUUGUCCGGGUACCUUGUAGACGCCAUAGAGGGAGCAUCUGAGUCAUUAAAUAUGUCGAUGGCAUUUAUCAGUGUCAUCUUGCUCCCAAUUGUUGGCAAUGCUGCAGAACAUGCAAGUGCUAUCAUGUUUGCCAUGAAGGACAAACUUGAUAUCACCAUUGGAGUUGCUGUUGGAUCAUCUACACAGAUAUCUAUGUUUGUGAUCCCAUUCUGUGUGGUUGUUGGAUGGUGUAUGGGAAAAGAAAUGGACUUGAAUUUUCAACUCUUUGAGACCGCCACACUUUUUAUCACGGUGCUGGUAGUUGCAUUUAUGAUGCAGGAAGGAACCUCAAACUAUUUUAAAGGCUUGAUGCUUAUAUUAUGCUAUCUUAUUGUCGCUGCCAGUUUCUUCGUACAUGUAGACCCUAAAACUGGUGAUGACUAGAUACCAUAACGAUGGACAAGUGUGUAGGGACUACAGUCCACGUUAUCUUUGUUUUCCACUUCCUUAACACGCAGCAAUGUAUUCAAAUGGGUUCUGAAGCUUCAUUCAUUCACCAUCACCAUGGCGUGGGGAAAAAGAAUAACUUUAGUGACGGCGAUCAUUGUUGUCCUGAGCUGAAAAUUUUUCAGCCGUGUAUAAUAUUGAUUUUGAAAAAGAUGGAUUACUGUACUGGUUUUUUUUCCUUUUAAUGCCCCCCAUAUCUGUCAUUCAUUUACCAGGGAAAAGAAAAAAAAAAUUCUUCAAA